GCCGCACAGCAUUGUGGGUAACAGCAGCUUCCCGCCAUCAGCGCGAGAGAGGAACAGCAGGUUACAUGGUUACAUGGUUGUGGUAAAGUUGUUGAGAGCCAUUAAAAUCUGUGAUGGCCCUACUGAAAGUUUUCGGUCAGAUUCGGAUCAACAGCAUCCAGACAGGGACGACACGCUGGCGUGAGGGCAACCUGGAGGUGGUGGAGAGGGACAACAAAGCCUCUCUCCUCGUUCGCUUCAAAUGUGGCGGCCCCACCAGAACAUUCCAGCUGAGCCGCAAUGUGAAGACAGUGAAGAUGAGCCCCGCGGUGAAGCAGGAGACCCGGCUGAUGCUGACGCUGCAGGACAAGAGCAGCCUGACCAUCGACAAGGCCCCAAGCUCCCAGGCUCAGCUCCUCGUGGACUUCUUGGAGGAUCUGAGCAGCGAGAAGCUUCCAAGCGGAAUGAAGCUGACCCCGGGAUCAGGCAGUUUUGGGGGAACAUUGGGGAAGAGGAUUCCCUCAAAGGAAAGUCACAGGCAGUUGUGUAACAUAGAGAACCAGACCCCAGUGAGGAGGGAGGAGGCUGCGUUGAGGGAGGAAGCUGUGGUGAGGAAGUCUCCAGCAGGGCCAAGCAGGGCUGGGCUGCGGCCGCCUGUGCCGGUGGUGGUGACGGUUCCCGGGAACAGCCGGAGCGGAUCCCAGAGCCCCAGCUCUUACAGUAACAGCCGGAACAUCCUGGCAGAGAACAGGAGUGAGAAGAGGAAGAGGCUUCCGGCCCCAGAGCCAGAAACGGCUGAAGAUUAUCCCAAAGAGAAUGAUUCCUCCAGCAAUAACCAGGCCUGGAGCGACACUGGCCGGAGGUUCCUGAGCAGCAGCCGUGACAAACAGCUCAGCCUCCGUCAGGCAGAGGAUAAUAAGCCGAAUGGGCCGCUGUCGUUGCCGGUGCCAUCGGCCUCUUUCUACGGCAGCAAAGCCUCAGCCAGGGAUUACACUACUGGGAAUUCAGUGCUCGACAGGACCAGCCUUUCAAGCCAGAAUCCUUCAGUAAAAAAGACCCCAGGAUUUUUGCCUCAGCCGAGCCCUCAGUCUGCAAAGCGACUGCGUCUCAAUCAGGAUUAUGCCGGCUGGAACAAGCUGAGAGUCCAGCCCUCCACACAGCAGCCACAGCAGCUGCAGGGGUUCUCUAACCUGGGGAAUACCUGCUAUAUGAACGCUAUCCUGCAGUCGCUGUUCUCCCUGCAGUCGCUAUCCAUUGAUCUGCUGAAGCAAGGCAUUCCCUGGAAUAAGAUACCAACCAACGCACUGCUCAAGCGCUUCGCCCACCUCCUGGCCAAGAAGGACAACUGCAGCCCAGAGAUGAAGAAGGAGCUACUGAAGAAGGUGAAACACUCCAUCUCGGCCACGGCAGAAAGGUUUUCCGGUUACAUGCAGAACGACGCCCACGAGUUCCUGAGCCAGUGUCUGGACCAACUGAAGGAGGACAUGGAGCGGCUGAACAAGAGCUGGAGGAACGAGCAGGAGCCGGGGGGUGAGGGUCCAGCGGCUCACACCAAGCUCUAUACCUGCCCCAUCGUCUCCAACGUGGAGUUUGAAGUUUUACACUCAAUCAGCUGUAAAAUGUGCUGUGAAACCGUCACUAAGCGAGAGCAGUUUAACGACCUGUCCAUUGACCUCCCGCGACGACGGAAGUCGCUGCCUCCACGAUCCAUCCAGGAUUCUCUGGACCUGUUCUUCAGGGCUGAGGAGAUCGAAUACGCCUGUGAGAAAUGCCAGGGCAAAGCUGCUGUAGUCACUCACAAAUUCAGCCGCCUCCCGAGGGUACUGAUCCUCCACCUGAAGAGGUACAGCUACAGUGUGGAGUUGUCAGUGAGCAGUAAGGUGGGGCAGCAGGUGAAGAUCCCCAAGUACCUGAGUCUCCAGGCUCACUGCAGCGAGGGCACACGGGAGCCAUUGGCUCUGGCUUCCAGCUCACAAGGCUCAGCGCCACAGCCUCUCAAAACCUCACAGUCACUGAACUCCUGCACAGCCCUUCCCUCCACACUGGCCAGGAAGUACAGCUUUAAGCCUGCGGUAGUGUUGCUGGACUCUGACAGUGAGGAGGAGCAGCUGAGACGGGCCAUGUCGCUGAGCCGGCAGCUAAACGAGCAAACACCGGACACGGAGCCCCAAACGGCAGUGAAGGGCAGCCGGCAGGAGGCUGAGGGGCCGGGGUCAGGGCUGCACACGGUGCUGGACGGGCUGACUGAGGAGGAGGUGCUGGCGGUUGUGUUGGAGAUGAGCAGGCGGGAGAGCGUCCAGGCCGGGAGCUCAGAGCGGGAGGACAAGCCGAGCAGCAGCCCUGACACCGGUUUUGGGGAGGACGAGGCCCAGGAGUUCCCGGAGCAGCCAGUGACCAUGGAACCUGAGGCCGUGAGGUCCAGCGCGCACCCAGAGGCUGUGUCUGUGGGGAAGGAUGGCGAUGAGAACAAGGAGAACAAGACACCUGAUGGCUGGUGUGAGGGAGACUGGCUACAACAAUACCAGCUGGACAGGGAGCGAGAGGAGCAGGAGCUACAGCAGGCACUCGCUCAGAGCCUCCAGGAGCAGGAAGCUCGCGACCUGAAGGAAGACGAUGAUCUGAAAAGGGCGACAGAGUUGAGCUUGCAGGAGUGUAAUAGCUCCUUUGGGGAGUCGCUGGGGUCUGACGAGGAUUCUGGUAACGAGGAUGGGGAUUUCCUGGAUGUGGAUUUCUGUCAGAACGCAGAACUCAAGCGGUGUACAGAGAUGGAGGAGCUCAGUCAUUCCUAUCGGCUCAUCAGUGUGGUCAGUCACAUCGGCAGCUCCUCCUCCUCUGGGCACUAUAUCAGUGAUGUGUUUGACAUAAAGAAGCAGACGUGGCUGACGUACAACGACCUUGAGGUGUCUCGCACGGCGGAGACCAGCGUCCAGUCCCAGCGGCAGCGAAACGGCUAUAUCUUCUUCUACAUGUGCACGGAAACACUUGAGGAGUUGGUGGAAUUGGAGAGAAGUUCGCAGCCGUUGAGUGCGGAGUGGAGUCGGCCGGUGCUGCAGCCGCUCUGACCGACCCCCACCAGCAGGCGGCGCUGUAUCUGGUGACCACAGUGACUGAUUGACGUGGACGUCAGUGUCCAUUCGUUCUCCCUCGUCUCCGGCCACUGACCGAGCGGCUUCAUCGGGAGUCACUCACACGCCGCUAAUC